UGGCUCGGGGGCUCGGGUCGGCCUCGGACGCUGCGCCCGCACCGGGACGUGGACGGCAAGAAGGAUGGUGCCCCGUCUGGCACCCAGGUGUCCUGUGCGGCCUUUCCCGUGGCAGGUGGCCUGCUCUGCUGGAGCCUUCGUGCGGCAGAGCACAUGCGUGGGGGCGUCCAGGACCCCUGUGUGGGGCAGACUUCAUGGGGUCCAGGGCACUACCCCCCUGGUUCGCAGAGGCAGCUCCUCCACCUCCUCCCAGGCCCCAGGGGUGGCCCUGACCUGCGAGCGCUAUCCUGUCCGGCGGCUGCCCUUCUCCUCGGUGUCUGAGGACGACCUGGCCACCUUUGAGCGCAUCAUCCCUGGGAGGGUCAUCACAGACCCGGAGGAGCUGGCCGCUUCGAACGUGGACUGGCUGAGAACCAUGCGAGGCUGUAGCAAGGUGCUGUUGAAGCCCCGGACAUCGGAGGAGGUGUCUCACAUCCUCAGGUACUGUCACGAGAGGAACCUGGCCGUGAACACCCAGGGGGGCAACACAGGUCUGGUGGGGGGCAGCGUCCCUGUCUUUGAUGAGAUCAUCCUGUCCACUGCCCUCAUGAACCAGGUCAUCAGCUUCCACAAUGUGUCUGGGAUCCUGGUCUGCCAGGCGGGGUGCAUCCUGGAGGAGCUGAGCCGGUACGUGGAGGAGCGAGGCUUCAUCAUGCCUCUGGAUCUGGGAGCGAAGGGCAGCUGCCACAUCGGGGGAAACCUGGCGACCAAUGCAGGUGGCCUUCGGUUUCUGAGAUACGGCUCGCUGCGCGGGACCGUCCUGGGCUUGGAGGUGGUGCUGGCCGACGGCACCGUCCUGAACUGUCUGACCUCCCUGCGGAAAGACAACACGGGCUACGACCUGAAGCAGCUCUUCAUCGGGUCAGAGGGCACCCUGGGGGUCAUCACCGCAGUGUCCAUCCUGUGUCCGCCCAAGCCCGGGGCCGUGAACGUGGCCUUCCUCGGGUGCCCAGGCUUUGCUGAGGUUCUGCAGACUUUCAGCACCUGCAAGAGGAUGCUGGGCGAGAUCCUGUCAGCCUACGAGUUCAUGGAUGCCGAGUGCAUGCAGCUGGUGGGCCACCACCUGCGCCUCGCCCGCCCAGUGCAAGAAAGUCCGUUCUAUGUCUUGGUCGAGACCUCGGGCUCCAGAGCAGAGCAUGAUGCCGAGAAGCUGAGCAGCUUCCUGGAGCAUGUCCUGGGCUGCGGGCUGGUGACGGACGGGACCUUGGCCACUGACCAGAGGAAGAUCAAGACGCUGUGGGCCCUGCGGGAGAGGAUCACAGAGGCGCUGAGCCGGGACGGCUAUGUGUACAAGUACGACCUCUCCCUGCCCGUGGACAGGCUCUACGACCUGGUGACUGACCUGCGUGCCCGCCUCGGCCCGCGGGCCAGGCAUGUGGUGGGCUACGGCCAUCUGGGGGACGGCAACCUGCACCUCAACGUCACGGCGGAGGCGUUCAGCGCGGCUCUGCUGGGCGAGCUGGAGCCCUACGUGUACCAGUGGACCGCCGGGCAGCGGGGCAGCGUCAGCGCCGAGCACGGGGUCGGCUUCAAGAAGCAGAGCGUCCUCGGCUACAGCAAGCCGCCCGAGGCCCUGCGGCUCAUGCAGCAGCUGAAGGCCCUCCUGGACCCCAGGGGCCUCCUGAACCCCUAAAGACUCUGCCUGCCCGGGCCUGAUGGGGUCGGGGUCAGUGGGAGUGG